UCCGGAGGAUGCGCAUAGUCUCAGAUUUAAGGGGGGAGGUUUGGAGCAACCCGGACUCUCGUUGUUUAACAGUAUUUCUCCGUCAGGAACGGUCAAAACUCUUAAUAGGAUUCAUUCAAGUACCACUUUUUGGUGUAAGAAUAUAACAGCGAACGACAUUUCGUUCUCGGACGUUUUGUUAGCGCGAGUUGAGCAACUUUAGGACACAGUUUUUCGGAGGUGAGGGGACGCGAGCGAAACGCUUUGGGAUAAAGGGACCAACUAAACCAGCGCGUAGGCUGCAGUCGGAUCGCUCCAGGUUAGCUAGCCUCGGCUCAGAGGAGUCUUCCUGAUCUGAGCAACACUGGCUGUUUCGCAGCCCCCCGCCAGGAAGUUUAGCACUGUGAAUGACCCGCUGCUGAUGCCCCAAAGGUCUGAAUGGAGUUCCAGUCGCAGAGAAGCCAACUGUUGUAGCUCCUUCAGCAGGAUGCUGAUGAGGCCAAGUAUACUUCUGUUUCUGGCUUUAUUCGCCCAAGUUUUAAGGACCCAGUGCCGGCCUGCCAACACUGAUGAAGUCUCUGUUGAAACGCAGGGCGAGCUGUUCACACUCUACCCCGGGGAUCGUCUGGAUCUAAGUUGCUCUGCCAGCGGCUCCCUCCAUGCUGUCAACUGGACCAAAGACCACGUGGCAGUAGUGGAUGGAGAACACACGCACAUCCGCAACGGCCAGCUGGAGAUCGAGGCAGUGGAGCUGACGGACUCUGGUCUGUACACAUGCACCACCUUUGGCAACCACAGCGUCUACUUCAACGUCACAGUUGAUACCCUGGCCUCAUCUGAGGAUGAUGAUGAAGAUGAAGAGUCAUCAUCGGAGGAAGCCAAACAGUUGGGCAGCCAAAAACUUAUGCCCAUGGCCCCACAAUGGGCUCACCCAGAAAAAAUGGAGAAAAAGCUUCACGCUGUCCCAGCCAGUAAGACCGUGAAGUUUCGAUGCCAGGCCAGCGGCAACCCAACUCCCACGCUGAAAUGGUACAAGAAUGGCAAGGAGUUCAAGAGAGACCAUCGCAUUGGCGGCUUCAAGGUCCGUGACCAUGUGUGGACCAUCAUCAUGGAAUCUGUAGUACCCUCUGACAAGGGAAACUAUACCUGUGUGGUGGAAAACCAGCACGGCAGCAUCAAUCACACCUACCAGCUAGAUGUAGUCGAGCGCUCUCCCCACAGGCCAAUCCUGCAGGCCGGCCUGCCGGCUAAUCGCACCGCAGUGGUGGGCAGCGACGUGGAGUUUGAGUGCAAGGUGUUCAGCGACCCUCAGCCUCAUAUCCAGUGGCUGAAGCACAUUGAGGUCAACGGGAGCCGAGUUGGUCCCGAUGGUUUACCGUAUGUCCGUGUCCUCAAGCAUUCUGGGGUCAAUAGCUCGGACGCUCAGGUGCUGACCCUCUACAAUGUGACUGAGGAGGAGAGCGGAGAGUAUAUAUGUAAAGUGUCCAAUUAUAUAGGAGAGGCCAAUCAGUCGGCCUGGCUGACUGUCACCAGAUAUGAGCCCACAGCUGUCUCACAGUAUCCUCCAACCAACCACACCUACCUGGAGGUUGUCAUCUACUGUGUGGGCUUCUUCUUCAUCGCUGUCAUGAUUGCCAUCGCAAUUAUUGUGAAGAUUCGCACCACCUCAAAGAAGAGCGACUUCAACAGUCAGCUGGCGGUCCACAAGCUGGCCAAAAGCAUCCCCCUGCGCAGACAGGUAACAGUGUCUGUGGACUCUAGCUCCUCCAUCCACUCUGGGGUGAUGCUGGUUCGUCCCUCCCGCCUCUCUUCCAGUGGAUCUCCAAUGCUGUCAGGGGUGUCUGAGUAUGAACUGCCCCAGGAUCCCCGCUGGGAGCUUCUCCGGGACAGACUUGUUCUCGGGAAGCCGCUGGGUGAAGGCUGCUUCGGUCAGGUGGUGAUGGGAGAGGCGCUGGGUCUCGACAAAGAGAAGCCAAACCGUGUGACCAAGGUUGCGGUCAAAAUGUUGAAAUCUGACGCCACAGAGAAAGACCUGUCAGACCUGAUUUCAGAGAUGGAGAUGAUGAAGAUCAUUGGGAAGCACAAGAACAUCAUUAAUCUGCUGGGAGCCUGUACACAGGAUGGUCCUCUGUACGUGAUAGUAGAGUACGCAUCCAAGGGUAACUUGCGGGAGUACUUGCGAGCUCGGCGCCCACCGGGCAUGGAGUACUGCUACAACCCAGACCAGGUUCCUGUCGAGAACAUGUCUAUCAAAGACCUGGUGUCCUGUGCUUACCAAGUGGCCCGAGGCAUGGAGUAUUUGUCCUCCAAAAAGUGCAUCCACAGAGAUCUUGCCGCUCGAAAUGUUUUGGUAACAGAGGACAGUGUGAUGAAAAUAGCUGACUUUGGCCUGGCAAGAGAUAUCCACCACAUUGAUUACUAUAAGAAGACCACCAAUGGUCGUUUACCAGUCAAGUGGAUGGCGCCCGAGGCUCUGUUUGACCGGAUAUACACACACCAAAGUGAUGUCUGGUCAUUUGGGGUGCUGCUUUGGGAGAUCUUCACCCUGGGAGGCUCUCCGUAUCCCGGCGUCCCAGUGGAAGAGCUGUUCAAGCUGCUGAAGGAAGGUCACCGUAUGGACAAGCCCACGACAUGCACUCAAGAGCUGUAUAUGAUGAUGAGGGACUGCUGGCAUGCUGUGCCCUCUCAAAGACCCACAUUCAAACAGCUGGUAGAGGACCUAGAUCGCUGCCUGGCCAUGACAUCCAACCAGGAGUAUUUGGAGCUGUCAGUGCCUCUGGACCAAUAUUCCCCCAGCUACCCGGACACCCGCAGCUCCACCUGCUCCUCUGGAGAGGACUCUGUCUUCUCCCAUGAUGCUGGAGCCGAGGAGCCCUGCCUGCCAAAGUUCCCUCCCCACCCCAACGGGGCAGCCAUUAAGAAACGCUGAUACCUCAUCUCCAUUCAGACAAGCACGGGCUGUUCCUCCGCUCCCUGCCUCAUGGGGUUGAACUUUUCCCCACAUUCCCAGAGAUGAAGCUAAAAAAAAAAACAAACAAAACACUGGUGCUCUGAGAGAAAGGAGCUUGGAGACACCUCGCAGAACUUGUUGGAUCACAUGGACUGACGAGUGAAGCCGUUUCCCGGUUCUUGGUGGUGGCGGUGUUUAUGGGGCACUUUGUUUUAACGGGAGUGGCAGUUCGUCACAGUGUCAGGAAAAAUAAAGAGCACAAUCCCGCUCUUCUCUCCACUUUGGGCAUUCCACAGGUCAUGAGAAUCAAAAGGACAGACUGUGAUUAUGUCCGUGGUUGUUUCAUCAGUAGUGAAGGACAGUAUUCUGCUUUUCAGACCAAAUCCAGAGAAUAUACGACCAAGGGACAUGCAGCUCUGUGAUCCACUGCAUCAUUCACUCUUGUAAAUACAGUUAGAAAAUUAUAAAUAUGAAUAUAUAUUUACAUUGUACUCUUAUUUUUAUUACCAUAAUUGAUUUAUUUUCUUUUGUACAAUGAUACUUUUUGUUUGAUCCAUUUUUAAAAAAAAAAAAUAUAGGCUGUAGGGGCAGAUGUUACAUGAGAAUAUGUUUAAAUUGCUGAGGAUUACAUGGCCAGUUUUUUUUUUUUUUUUUUUAAUCACAGCUUUGAUUCCCCUAAAUGUACUGCAUAAUCGUCAAUGGAGAACUAUAUAUAUUGGGUUUUCUAUUUUUUAACUCUAAGUGCUUUUCAUAAAACAACCUGCAGUACAGUAAAUGUCAGUGUUUGGGGUUUCUCUCCAUCAGAGGCGUGUGUGUGUGUGUGUGUGUGUGUGUGUGUGUUUUUAAAAAAAAAAAAAAAAAAAAAAUCUUGUAUCAUUCAAGAUUGUUCAUUUUCAAGGUUGGUCACAACUGUAAAUAUUCGUGGUUGUACGCCAUGCUUGUUAAAAUCCAGAGUCAUUUGCUUAAGUCAACAUCGUGCACUUCCACUGUGCAUGCCUUCCACGUGAUGAGCUUGUCUUCUACUGUAAAGGCUUUAACAGGACUUACAUUUGCUGCCAUAUAACUUCUGAUGAAGAGUCGCAGAACACGUAUGUCAUCGUAAAAGGAUUACAUUAAAUAAAAUGCUAUUGAAAUACAAA